AUGGUCGAUGAACAAUCAACAAUCGACAAGAGCGCUAAUGCAGUCUAUUAUGGAACAUCAUUGGCUGAUAUUCCAAAUAUCAUCCGAACACCUCCCAUUCUAUCAGAUAUGCAAGAUAUUCAUGAUCCUGACCACGUAUUUUUGAUCAAACCAUUCAAAUAUGAUCCAUCGAAUCCCGAUCGUGAACCGGAGCCAAUUCAUGGAAUGGAGAAAUAUAUGGAUGCAUGGGAUGACGAUCAUGUUCGUUUACCAUGUUCAUUAGGGAAUGUAACAAGGGAUGGAAGGCAUAUAUGGCCAAUUAUUCAAAAAGCGUUGGCACAACUUAAGCAGAAAUGUGAUGAAAAAACAGUGACCGUCCACGAUAUUAAAACAACAAUACAAGAGAGCAAUGGAAUGAAUUUCGAAAUACGCUGUCUAAAACAGUUAAUUAAUCAAGUAUUUUCUGCUGAAGAACGAGCGAUCUUUCUAUAUACUAUUCUUCCGAAAAUGAUUUCUCUUGCUCUCAAUGUUGGCACUAUCUGUGGCCAGCCACCUCGAUUGUUACGACAGGAAUCUAAUCGUUCUGUCACUAUGUCUCAACGGCAGGCUAGUUCCUUAUUAGCUUGUGGGUUUUUCUGUCUUUUUCCUGAGCCACAUAACAGACAUUCAACCUAUCAGAGUUUGAAUUUUACACAUCUUCUGAAAAGUGGAGCACCAUGGAAAAUUGAAAAACUCAAAUGUAUUUUACAUUAUUUUCGACGCAUUAGUGAAGAUAUGCCAAAAGGUGUUCUCACUUUUCGACGCUUCAGUUUUCUCAAAAAUUCGGAUCCGAAAUGGAUUGAAUCUCAAGUACCACUGAGCAACAUUCACAUGAUUGCAAAUGCAACUAUCGAAGAUCAACAUGGUUUUUUACAAGUUGACUUUGCGAAUGAAUACAUUGGUGGUGGUGUGAUGAAUGAAGGCAUUGUUCAAGAAGAAAUACGUUUUACCAUUUGCACUGAAAUGCUUGUUAGUGUGCUGUUUUGCGAAGUCAUGCUACCCAAUGAAUGCAUCUAUUUGAUCGGUUGUGAGCAAUUUGCUACUUACAGUGGCUACGCAGAUACAUUCAAAGCCAAAGCAACGUUUAUCGAUAAAACACCGAAAGAUAGCUGGGGUCGAAAAUUAUCUCAGGUCGUAGCUAUGGAUGCAAUUUACUUUCGAAAUCCAAUAGAUCAAUAUACUAUUAGUUGUAUGAAUCGAGAACUCUUCAAAGCAUACGCAAGUUUUCAUUUGCCGAAAUCAAUGAAUAACUUUGCGUUCGGCAUCGCCACUGGCAACUGGGGUUGUGGUGCAUUCAAUGGCGAUAGACAUCUCAAAGCAAUCAUACAAUUAAUGGCUGCUUCUGAAGCCCGCCGCCCACUUAUCUAUUGCUCGUUCCACGACAAACACUUAAUCGAAUCGUUUUGGGCGAUAUACGAGUAUUUACAAGAACAAAAAGCAACUGUUGGCGAUCUUUAUCUUUAUCUCAACCAAUAUUCAAUGCAGCACGCUCAAUCGACAUUAUUUGAAUUUAUUUUUAGUACGCCCGUAUCGUCAUUGAAGAAAAGCUAA